AUGGCUGUCCCCAACAUCAAGCUUAACAGCGGCUUUGAGAUGCCCCAGGUGGGCUUCGGUCUGUGGAAGGUCGACAACGCCAUCGCCGCCGACACCGUCUACGAGGCCAUCAAGGCCGGUUACCGUCUCUUCGACGGCGCCUGUGACUAUGGCAACGAAGUCGAGUGCGGCCAGGGUGUUGCCCGCGCCAUCAAGGAGGGCAUCGUCAAGCGUGAGGAGCUCUUCCUCGUUUCCAAGCUCUGGAACACCUUCCACGAUGGCGACCGCGUAGAGCCCAUCGUCCGCAAGCAGCUUGCCGACUGGGGCAUCGACUACUUCGACCUCUACCUCAUCCACUUCCCCGUCGCCCUCGAGUACGUCGACCCCUCCGUCAGAUACCCUCCCGGCUGGCACUACGACGGCAAGUCCGAGAUCCGCCCCUCCAAGGCCUCUAUCCAGGAGACCUGGACUGCCAUGGAGAGCCUCGUUGCCAGCGGCCUCUCCAAGAGCAUCGGUGUCUCCAACUUCCAGGGACAGCUCCUCUACGACCUCCUCCGCUACGCCAAGAUCCCCCCCGCCACCCUCCAGAUCGAGCACCACCCCUACCUCGUCCAGCCCGACCUCAUCAAGCUAGCUGCCAACGAGGGUAUCGCCGUUACCGCCUACUCUUCCUUCGGCCCUGCCUCCUUCAAGGAGUUCAACAUGGAGCACGCCACCGACUUUGUUCCUCUGUUCGAGGAGCCCACCGUCUCUGAGAUUGCCAAGAAGCACGGCAAGACCAACUCUCAGGUCCUCCUCCGCUGGGCCACCCAGCGUGGCCUUGCUGUCAUUCCCAAGACUAGCCGCAAGGAGAUCCUCGCUCAGAACCUCGACUGCACCAGCUUCGAUCUCGAGCAGUCCGAGAUUGACAAGAUCAGCAGCCUGGACCGCAAGACUCGCUUCAACCAGCCCGCAAACUACUUCCCCACUGAGAAGCUCUGGAUCUUCGGUUAA